AGAUGGGGCGAGAUUGUCGGGAUGGAUGUGACAAGUUUUGAAAUGAUUUAUGAUAUGUCAAUAUUAAAUUCGCUUCCGCAAUAUUGUUAAAUACUCCGUACUGUAUAUGUUAUGAAAAAUAUUAUUGAGAUUAAUAAAGUGUGUUUGAAAAGUUUUAAAUUUUACGAUUACCAAGUUAAAUACUUUAGUCCGAAUGGGCUGCAGACCUGGACGGAUUAGGGUGUUACAAUUUCUAUCACAAGAAAGAUGCGGAGCGUAUUUUGGAUGAGGGGCCCUGCUCCUUUGAAAACUCCAUGCUUCUCUGCAAACCUUUGAGACAAGGGGAGAUUCCAUCUGUUGAUGAUCUGAUGUGGAUGGAUAUUUGGGUUUUAGCGCAUGGCCUACCAAUUGGCUAUUCGUCGUCGACUGUUCUAGAGGCAGUAGGCAGAUUUGUGGGUGAAUUUCGUUAUCUGGAUACUGUGAACAAGCCAAGGUUAGACCAAGGGUUUCAUCGUAUACGAGUGGCGAUUGAUGUGCGUAGACCAUUGAAACGCCGUAUGAAGCUCACGCAGCGGGAUGGAGCUAUCUCUUGGGUUCAAUUUAAGUAUGAACGACUCACAACCUUCCGUUUCUUCUGUGAAAUUGUGGGACAUCUUGCUAAACACUGCAGGGCAGCAUUGCUUUCUUCUCUUCAACCAGAUGAGUAUCCUUAUGAUGGAUCCUUACGGGCCAACAAUCAUCGUCGGAUGCUUGAUAUUGGGGAUGCGUGGCUAUCCAUUUACAUGGCAACGUGGCCGAGGGUCCCCUACUUGGGUGGAAGAGAGACUGGACAGGGCAGUUGCGACAGAAUGCAUUUGGGACCUCAGCGAUUUCGGUUUGAGAAUGCAUGGCUUCAAGAGGAGGGCUAUCGGUCAAUUCUUGAAGACGCGUGGAGGGGGUCCAGGGGCAGACCUAUGCUCGACAGGGAAUUACGUUUGGUGGCGGGUUCAAUUUGGGCUUUGUGGAAAGCUCGCAAUAUGGUGACUUGGGAGUGGAGGGUCCCGUCAUCGUGGGUCAUCGCGAGCUGGGUUCAGGCAGUUUGCUACGAAGGACAAGCUUUUGAUCUUGCUGGAAAGUUUUAUGGUGCCUCUAAUGGUAUGUUGAGAUGUCCCUCGGAUCCUUUAUUGGCGGAAGUAAUGGCCGUCCGAGAGGCCCUGUCGUGGUUGAAGGCUAGAGGAGUAGUGGAUGUGGACCUCUUCUCGGAUUGUCAAAGGGUGGUUCAGGCCCUUAAGGACAUCUCUUUUACCUCUCUAUCCUACUUUGGCUCGCUUAUCGAGGAUUGUCGGUUGUUAGGCUUGGAAUUCAAUGUUGUUAAUUUUCUGUUUAUUUCUCGUUCAAAAAAUAUUAUUGCUCAUUCUUUGGCUAGGAAGGCAAAGAACCCUAAUCUUCCCGCUGAUGUAUUUGAAGCCCCACCACCGCCAGUUGGCUAUAGGUUCCGCCCAACGGAUUCUGAACUUCUUGAUCAUUACUUGAGGAGGCUGAUUCAGAAGCUACUGUUACCCACGCUGUACCCGAGAAUUACCCGUUUGGAUAUUUACGCUGAUCACCCUUCUGCCAUCUGGAAUCUUGGAGACGCUCACGAUGACACGGGCAGCGGGGCCGAGUUGCAUUGUUACUUCUACACCACACUGCAAAGCAUUGGCAAAGGCUGCCGUGCGAAAAAGAUGGGAAGAACGGUUGGGGCACAUGGGACUUGGCACAUGUCCUGCACUAGGGAAACCAAGGUGAAUAAUGAAGAUCAGGUUUUGGGGUACAACAAGUACUUCAACUACAAGCCAAACACAAUUCAUCCUGGAGAAGUGGAAUACGAGUGGGGCAUGCACGAAUUCACCUUGCAUAACUCCAAUAAAUAUGCACUAUGCAAGAUUACCAGGACGAUGAGGAAGAAGAAGUUGAAAGGCGCUGUUGAUGAAUCAGUCAUGUUGUCUAAUCAACAGCAACAAGGAGAUCAUAUUCGUUUUGGUGAAAUUGUUCUUUCUUCCAAUCGUGGCGAUCCUGGAAAGCAACCGAACCUGGAACUUUCCACGGAAUCAAUAACAUGUUCUUUUAAUCAUGAUGAAGUUGGUUCUUCUCCUUCUUCUACUACUUUUGCAUCCGCACGUUGUCUCGUCAACAACAAUUAUUUGAAAAUACGGAUCAAGCUCAUACAGUUGGCUCAAUAGGAAGAAAACUAAAUGUUGGGA